CAGCUACAAGAGGAACACUGUGAUAGAGAAGUAUUCCAAUGAGGCGUCCCUUUCAGGGAGCCCCAUAGAAAAAAUUGAUUUAGCUGGAGAGGUAUGUGAUGGAACAGGACAUGCCAUAUAUUCCGGCUAUUUCUACUGCAACUUGGCAAAUACAAAUCAUGUCGUCAAAAUAAAGAUUAGCUCUCGAACAAUAGUUGGAAGUGUUGGCCUGAUAGACGCCGGGUAUCGUAAUACAUAUCCUUACGGUUGGGGAGGAUAUACGGACAUUGACCUUGCUUUGGACAAUGGAAAUCGACUUUACGCCAUAUAUGGUUCAAAACAAAAUGAUGGACACUUUGCAAUUGCACUUUUGGACAUCGAUACAUUCGUCAUUGUUAAAACAUGGCAGCUCAAUGUAAAGAAACAGGGAAGUGGAAAUGCAUUCAUGGCAAAUGGAAUGCUAUAUAUUCUGGACUCGUAUA